CGAGGCAAUGCCCACCCCCAGCCCCGGCUCCGGGCGCAAGAGGCGUGAACUUUUCCCGUUCCGGAGGAAGAAGCAAGGCGGGCUUCUCCUCACCCCCGGUUUGACGUUUCUCCUGGAAGAGUCUUACUUGCAAGAGAUUAACAUUUGCAACUUGGCCAGUCAGGAAGGACUGAGGUGGUACUGGACAUCUGAGCUGCAGGAACACAUUCAAGCAUUAUAAGAAGUUAUCUGUCAGUGGCAGGCUGUCUUGACUGCUCUUGGGUAGAAACAAAUUUUACCCCAUGAUAAGUGCCUUGGAAUUGUUAAAUCUUUUCAUAUCAUUACACCAUUUGUUACCCUUUGAGAAGGACACAAAAGUAUAGACUGAGGUAAGUAGGUCAUUGGCUGAACCAUCUAAUUUAUCUUGCAUUCUUCAGACACUAACUCUGAGCUGAUAGUUUGAAAAGCAAAAACAGCUUUGCAGGGUUUGUUAGUAGCAAUGAACCAAACGUGCUCCUAGGACUGGGCUAGAGGAGCUAAGAACUACAUUUAAUUAUCAAAUCAAUGUCAAUUAAAAUUGAACUCAAUGAUUCAAAAUUAAUUAUAUAGAUCACAAAAUGAGUGCAACCAAAAAGCAAAUUAUCAUGUCAAUGUAUCAAGGUAAGUCAAUUCUUUAAAUAAAAAUCAGAAAUAACAAUAGAGUUUUAAGUCCCAGUUAUGGGUGUUUUCCAAAGUAGAGAAAUUAAGAAAAUUGACUUAAGCAAUUAGUGUUCAAAACAAUGUACUGUACUUCAAAGUAACCUGCUACCCUCUUUUAACCCUCUCCUUUCCCCAUGGCCUGAAUCAGACAGCUGGAUUUGCCAACUUUCAUUUCUCUCUAUAGCUGGCAGAGUCAAACUGGCAAGCAGCUAUCUUAAGCUCACCUGCUGCAUUCACCGAGGUACAAUUUCCAGGUGACAAAGUUGCUGUGAUACUGCAGGUCAUGGGUGAGGUAUAAAAAGCCCUCAGAGCAGGAUAAGGCUUUGUACCAAGCACUGCUGAGCUGCAGAGGGGGAGAGGCACGAGGAAGCAGAAGGAGCCAGCUGGGAUGCCAUUUUGCAGAAAAGCAGCUCUGACGGAGAGUUCCAGAGGGCAGAGGACGGGAUGUCUAAUGCUGGACCUUCCGCGGGCGGGCCGGUCCAGAGGGGCGGCAGGGGGUGGCAGCGCCGUGUCCGGCAGAGGGAGCGACAGUGGCAGCGGUGCUUGGGACCGCCCCGGCGCCCAUUGGCUCGGCGGCUCCAUAUGGGGCUCGGCGCGGCUCCAUAAAGGCAGCCCGUCCGCCCGUCCGUCCGUCUGUCCCCGCCCGGCCAUGCCCUCGCCACCGCCCGCCCUGCCCUUGCUCCUGGCUGCCUGCUGCCUCUGCGCCCUCCCGCGGGGCUCAGGGUUCCCGCAGCCUUUCUCGCGCUACUGGGACGGUGUGGAGCUGCCCCAAAAACAGCAACUGGCACUGUGUUUCAGUCAGUGGAUGGAAAUGUCCAAUGAACCCCAGAUCUCCAGCUCUGUUUUGGAUCUCUGUUAUUCCAUAUUCAACAGCAUGCAUAAAAAUGAGGAAUCACAGAUUGCUUCUGCAAAGUUUACAAAGAAGGACAGUCAUGGGACUCUGGGACGGCCUUUUUUCCUUUUCAGGCCUCGAAAUGGAAGAACUAUCAAAGGCAGUGCUCAGCCCCCUGAGCCAACCUGGUUGCAAGAUGCAUUCCAUGCUUCCAUACUCUAAAAGAAUACCAUGGAAUAUGAAGUUCAUGAGUUGAUUUACCA